GGCGACUGCGACUAGGCCGCGGUGUCGCAGAAUGGAGUAGCCAUGGAGUGAAGAGUGCCAACACUAGUAUCCCAAGUCUUUGAGGUGAAAAAAUACGUUUUGCCCAAGUUUGACGUGACCGUAAACGCACCGCAGACCUACAGCGUUGCAGUUAUGGGACUGAAAGUUGAGUCUUGUGCCAAAUGUACAUAUGGCCAACCUGUACCUGGUCAAGCCUUAGUGGAAGUGUGCCGUGAUCCAUUUCCAUACAGUCUGCUUCAUAAUUUGACCGGACAGUGCCUGACUCAAACUGCAAAGAUGAAUGUCACGGGCACCAAAUUUGAAGACCAAAUGCAAGACACAUUUCUUGUAAAUGUGAAUGUUACUGAGGAGGGAACAGAUGUAAUGGUGUCAAAAUCUGCAAUGGUGUCCUUUACAAACAAAGCUGUAUAUCUCUUGGAGGGGAGCAACUGGCCCAACAAACUGCUGUUGAAUCUAACCACAAACAAGAAUGGACGGGCUGCGUUCUCCCUAAACACUGCUAAUCUUAAGGCUGAUCUGAAUCUGGUGGCGAGUGUUAAACCAGAGGUUUUUUUAUGGUUAUAAAUCACCAUACUUCACUACAGAUACAAGGUUUGUUCAGCUUCUCCUACCUGUUUCUCCCGACAACCCAUCGUUUAGUGAACUGACUAUAGUGAAGCUCAAUCAGCCGCUCAAAUGUGGUGCUUCGUUUCCAGUGACCGUGGAGUAUUCAUUUGUUGGAGAGGCUGGUAGCUACAGCGAUGACAAUCUAUAUGGUCUUAUCCAAAGGAGUGAUCAUCCUCCAUGGAUUUCAGACGG